AUGCCAAAGCUACGAUCCGUCUACGCUGGAGGCUACAGCGAGGAGAAGAAGCGAAGGAUCAAAUGCGCCGUCUGCCACAAGAUCAAGGCCGUAAACUUCUUUUCAACAAUUCAACAGCUCGAACUUCAGAAUGGCAUAGCGACCGGCCAGGUUCAAAACGCCACGCUCGAAGAAUGGGUUCCUUGUGUAGCCUGCACACCUAAGCAAGUCACUGAGCUGGAGUGCUGCAUUUGUGAGGAGGUCAAGGACCUAGGCGGAUUCGCCAGAGCACAGCGUCGGCUUGGGGAGAAUGCGAGGUGCAUCACUUGCGUAGUAAUGCUGAAUGGAGAGACUCCGGUGGAAGGGAACUACAGAGACCAAGUCAUGGAUGAACUGGGCAAGGAUGAGGAUGGUUACGACUCUGACGAUAGCGUUACCAACACCCAUGAAAGCUCCACAUUUAGUGACACCGAGUCCAACGCAGGAGUUCCUCUCUCGUCUGGUUCAGGUUACGAUCUCAACCAGGAGAACCUCAAGUCUCUCAAUUUCUCCAGCGAUGGUCACGGUUCAAAGCUCUCGGCCAGCCAGGCAGCCACGAGCGCCUCUAUGACAACCACCAAACGGUUUCGAGCGCCUGCAGGUGCUGGCAAAUGGCAAGACUUCGCCAACAAGAACGGUGGAGAGUCUGUUGAGUCUACACGGGGUGCAGAAUUCACAGGGUUUGACCGUGACGGCAAGGCUCAUCAGAUGGUUCGCCCUGCUUCGACAGUCGUCACCAAUGACUCCGACUAUGAAACUAAUGCGGAUCCUCGUGAACAAGCUCGAAGAGCUAGGGAGGAACGAGAUGCGCGAUCCCGUUUUGCUAGACUUCCAGGAGGUCGGGCUGCUCCUAUUGUUGUACCAUCAUAUGUUGGUGGAAAGACGGUCCCAGACCCAAAAGCCGAUUACGAUGAUGAUGGGGAUGAAGACGACGACUGGGGAACCAUCUGA